AUGGCUGCUCGUCCGCAGACACUGCGCGAUCGCCAGAUAGGCGCUAUCGAGCGGAUAUUGAGCCUGAAUCACGAAGAACCCUCUUCCUCUGUCCCAACCAUUGACGCCCCAACCAGUCCGCAGACCACCUCCCUGCUCGGCGAAAAUGGAGAGCCCAUAUGGAAGGUCCUGGUCUUUGACAAUAUCGGGAGGGAUAUCAUCAGCAGCGUCUUGAGGGUGAACGACUUGCGGGCUAAAGGCGUCACGAUACACUUGAACAUAAACUCCCCUCGCUACCCCAUACCCGACGUUCCAGUACUCUACCUUGUCGAGCCUUCCUCAGUUAAUAUCCAGCUGAUAUGUUCCGACCUUGCUCGAGGGCUAUACACACCCGCCUACAUCAACUUCACCUCCUCAAUAAGUCGCCCUCUCCUAGAAGAAUUCGCCGCUCAAAUAGCCUCGACCAAUACUUCGGAAGCAAUUGCACAAGUGUAUGAUCAAUAUUUGAAUUUCAUUGUUGCAGAGCCAGAUCUUUUUAGCUUGGGCAUGGGGAAGAACUCCUAUUGGACUUUUAAUAGUGCUACCGUCAGCGAGGAUGUUCAAGAUGCUGCAAUCGACAAAAUUGUGAGCGGUUUGUUCAGCGUCAGUGUCACCAUGGGCUCGGUUCCUGUUAUAAGGUGUCCACAAUCAGAGUUAACAAAAAUGAUUGCCACCAAAUUGGAUAGGAAGCUGCGAGAUCAUGUCCUUAACUCCAAAGACAACCUUUUCUCCUCGAAAACGGCCAAUGUUUACUCUACUCCUUCACGACCUGUUCUGGUCAUAUUGGAUCGAAAUGUCGACCUCGUACCAAUGUUAUCGCACUCGUGGACGUACCAAUCGCUUGUACACGAUGUCCUCAAAAUGCACUUGAACCGUAUCACCGUGGACGUGGCCGAUGAAACAAAUCCCACAGCUCAACCUCGAGCCUACGAUCUCAAUGCGAGCGACUUCUUCUGGGCACGAAAUGCAAGCGCCCCAUUCCCUCAGGUGGCUGAGGAUAUCGACGCCGAACUCACCAAGUAUAAAACAGAUGCUGAGGAGGUAACGAAAAAGACUGGCGUCAAUAGCAUUGAGGAUUUGAAUGACAAUUCGGCGUCUGCAGCGCAUCUCAAGGCAGCAAUAACACUGCUGCCCGAGCUGAGGGAGCGGAAAGCCACACUUGAUAUGCACAUGAACAUAGCCACGGCUCUGCUCAAAGGCAUCAAGGAUCGACAGCUGGACAACUAUUUCCAGCUGGAGGAAAGCAUCGCAAAACAAACCACAGAACAGAUGUUGGCGCUCGUCAAGUCUACCGACAAAGGUAACAAUCCUUUGGACAAGCUACGGAUAUUUAUCAUCUGGUAUCUCAGCGUCGAUAAAGAGCCCAGCAAAUCCGAAUUACAAGAAUUUGAGUCUGCUUUAACGGCAGCUGGGGUUGGCGACUCAAUCGCCUCCAUCAAACACAUAUCCAGUGUCAGGCUCGAAACUCGGGGCACAAUGAUGGCCUCUACAGUCUCCACAUCACAGCCCGCCCAACAAGCUCCUCUAUUUGGCGGCCUUUCGUCCCUUUCCAAGAACUUCACCGACAAACUUUCCUCCUCAACGUUCGGCAACGUCAAUCUCGACGCUUUGGUGUCUGGAGUCAAGAACUUCCUCCCCGCGAAUCGUGACCUGACCGUAACAAAGAUCGUCGAAUCCAUCAUGGACCCUCCGGCUGCAUCCUCAUCCGCCAUUGCAAAGACAGAGAACUACCUGUAUUUCGACCCACGCAGUGCACAUGCGCGCGGCACCACCGGCGGGUCAUCAAACCCACCCUCACGAUCAGGGGCCCAGCAAGGCGCCGGUCUAAACCCUAGCUUCGGCCAACGGCGUCAAGGAUACUCGGAAGCGAUCGUCUUCACGGUUGGGGGCGGCAGUAUGGACGAGUACGGCAACCUGCAGGAAUGGGUUAAGAGGACGACUGGGCAGGGCGCUGCUGGGUCUGGAGCCGGCGGCGCACCUAGGAGUCGCAGGGUCGUCUACGGAUCGACCGAACUGGUCAACGGAGAAGAUUUCUUGAAAGAACUCGUCACCUUGGGUGGUGAGGGUUGA